CUUCAUCUUCAUCCUAGUUUUCUUUUAUUAUUUGUUAUUAUUGGUACUGUUGGUACUGUACGACGAUGGCUGGACUCGGUCGCUUGCUGUGCCAGCUGUGCGGACUCGUCUGCCCGCCAAUCCCGUCCAGCAUUACCAACAAGAUGGCCUUCUUCCCACCGCCAACGUCCUACAUCUUACUACCGCCGCCCGCAAAGCCGUCCCCAUCCUCGCAAUCACAAUCACAGCAGGGCGACGACGCGCGGGGAAGCGGCAGCGGCAGCGGCAGUCGCUCAAUCCAGACACAGCCAACCUCAGCCCAGGCACCCGCGACAACCACGACCACGACCACGACCACGACCACAACCACGACCAUGUCUAUGUCCAGCGCUGCGAGCAAGUCGAGCCAUGGGCUGGGUGACGAGCGAGCCGAAGGAGCCUCUGCGCCACUGCUCUCCGCUUCUUCCUCGCAGCAGCUGGACGCCGACGCGCAGCUCGCAGCCAUUGCGCAGUACGAGGAGGACGCCGCCGCCACUGCACUGGAGCAACAAGAGCAGCGCGAGUUGGAAGCGCUUCAAGAGCAGGACGCCGCCGCACAGCACCUCCUGAUGCCCGACGGAUGCGAGUGCGGCUUCCACCAAUGCUACGUCCCAGAGCGCACCAUGCGAGUGCGCAACUCGCCGCUGGGUGUAUCGACGUUGAGCAUUCUAUUCCACGAGUACAAUGCGACCCUGCAACGGCGCCUCCGUGGAACCGAGUACUUUCGAGUUCGUACCAGUCGUGGCAACACGCUCGCCUGCGCGUUCAUUCCGUCGCUCCGGAUAGCACAACCAGCAGGUGCAGGUGCAGGUUCAGGUGCAGGUGCAAAUGCAUCAACGCCAGUAGUUCGAACAAUCUUGUUUUCGCAUGGGAAUGCGACGGACAUGGGAGAAAUUCUGCCCUUCCUGAAGGCCAUGUCACUUGCGCUGCCAGCGAACAUUGUUGCGUACGACUAUUCCGGCUACGGGGACAGCACCGGUCGGCCGAGCGAGGCCAACCUGUACGCGGAUGUGCAGGCCGUGCUUGAUCACACGACUAGCCGUUUGGGCAUCCCGGUCGGCGAAAUCAUCCUCUACGGGCAAAGCAUCGGGUCUGUGCCAACCGUCGAGCUGGCUGCGCGUACUCGCGGCAUUGCAGGCGUCAUUCUGCACGCCCCGCUCACUUCGGGACUGCGGCUCAUCCGGCCCAAUAUCAGCCGAACGUACUGCAUCGACCCAUUCCCGUCGAUCGACCGCAUUUCCAACAUUCAUGAGCCCGUGCUCAUCCUGCAUGGCACUGCGGACGAGGUCAUUCCAGUGCAGCACGGCCAGGCACUCCACCGUGCGUGCCGAAAGCCCGCUGAGCCACUCUGGGUGCACGAAGGCAACCACAACAAUUUGGAAAUGUCUCCCAUGUUCUUUCCGCGAUUGCGAAAGUUUGCUCAGCAUCUUGAGUGACCUGGUGCACUUUUUGUGUGUGUGUGUGUUUUUGGCCCGCCUCAGAAAAUCUCGCCAUUGUGGUUUGCUUGUUUUGUUUGCAAACCUCAACCAAGCAACAAAAGAAUGAAAAUAAGAACGUUUUACUGUGAAA